ACGCGGACACGACUUGCUGGAUCCUGGUGGGGGGGGCGAUGACGGGGGUUGCAGGGACCAGCGGUGUGGGGGGGUCUGGGGGUGCCCAAUUCAACCCGCUGUCCGAGAAAGAGAUGGCGAAGUUGAGGCGAGGGAACAUUGUUUGGAACUACGUCACCGCGGGCCAGUACGUCAGGGACCAGUCGAAGAUGCACGGGGACCGAAAGUUGCGUUGCAACUUAUGCGGCCACCUGUUUCAGGGGGGGUCAUCGAAGGCCGCGCGUCAUUUCACGCAGUCGAAGUUCUGCAAGGGUGGGGGGAUGAGAGUUCUCGCGGAACUCUGGAACGGCACAGACUACACAUUUGUGCCGUCCACUGCUCAGCGGGUGCAGAGGUGGAUGGCAGACAAGGGCAUACGGGACACGAGAGCGCCCGCGGGUGACCAGGGACAGCGGAUGGACGACGUAGAGUGGGACGACAUUCAGGACACCCUCGAUGAGGAGGAGGCUCAAGAGGGCCGCGAGGGUGGGGCCAGGGAGGGGGCGGUUGCAAACGAGGCAGACGAGGCAGUCGGAGAGCCUAACCUGCCGGGGGAGGAGGUGGUGAUGACGUCGAGAGGCGUCGGUGGAGCGGGUCCUGCUACUAGGGCGCCGCGAGAUGAGCUGGACCGCGCGAGGAGGGAGAAGAGGACAAGGGCGAAGGUGGCGACGAUGGUGAGUGAGGUGCGCACCACUUUUCGGCACAGCAGUGCCACUAUCCUUUCCGACGGGAGGAAGUCGCGCAGCGGCAAGCCGCUUGUGAACUUCCUGGCACGGGGCGCCAAUGGCGCCCUGCUGUACGCCACCGUCGCACGUGAUGGGUUGGUCCGAGACACAGCGGACAUCGUGUACCGUAGGUGGCGGGCCAUCAUCUUGUCCUUUCCUGCAAAGGACGUGAUCGGCUUCUGCACAGACUCCGCCAGUAACUAUACGGCGGCAGCGCACAGGUUCGCCACAGACCCCGAGCCUGACAUCAGGAGGAUCACUUGGNUGAUCGGCUUCUGCACAGACUCCGCCAGUAACUAUACGGCGGCAGCGCACAGGUUCGCCACAGACCCCGAGCCUGACAUCAGGAGGAUCACUUGGCUCCCCUGCUCCACCCAUGUCUGYAACUUGAUGUUGUCAGAUAUCGGGACGCGAGUGGUGUGGGUCAAGGAGACCAUCAUCCGCGCUCGAGCGCUUGUGCGAUUUAWUAAAUCGCACGGCGCUGCUCACGCCCUGUUUAGGAAGUUGAUGAGGAGGGUCGACGUGCCUGAGGACAUGAUCGAUCCGUGCGUGCGUGAGGUUGCCAUCCGCAACCUCCACAUGCUAGAGCCAGCACAUGCCGAGGCCCACCUCCUCAACCCUCGCCGACGGUCCCUCACGUAUUACCAUUCGCUGCAGACGACCGUCGAGGACCGCCUUGUGGUCGAGGAGUGCGACAAAUUUCUCCUGGCGCAGACCGGCGGCGAUCCGGUCGGGUUAUUGUACAGGACCGUGAGGGACCAGAUGAGGGCGUUCCACUCGAGGCGAGGGGAUUGGGGAGACCGUGACCUGUCUGAUGCCGAGGCGGCAGAUUGCAGGGGGGACAGCGAGACCGAGCAAUGUGCAGCGUGGUGGUUCAAGCAUGGACGUGCCCACCCGGAGUUGCGCACCAUCGCCAUCCGUGUCAUGCACUUGUGGACGUCUGCCUCUCCAGCGGAGAGGAACUGGGCGGAGCACGAGCGCGUCAGCACGGCGAGGCGCUGCAAGCUUGGGUUCGCCAAGCUUGCACAGCUUGUUGAGAUUGCCACCAAUCUCAAACUGGCCUCGUGCGCACGACAGGGUGGUGGCUACGUGUUGCCAUGGGUUAUGGGGAGCGGUCGGGGGGGGGCGGCGGCAGAGGAGGAGGAUGAGGAGGGAGAUGUGGAGCCCGAGGUGUGCGGAGCGCGACCUGAUGGCAGUGUUUCCGAGCAGGAGAUCCAGCGGCAGAUUGUCGCUUUCCGUGACGGCCGACUGUCCAGAGCCCGUUCGGUUCGGGACGUGUUCGGCAGCAGAGCGACGGAGCUGCGACCGUGGCCGGAGGGUGGGGAUGAUGUGGACGCUGCUGCGGCAGACGACGACAUCAACGACGACUGGACUGAGGAUGAUGACACGCCGCUGAGUCGCGACCUGACGGCUGAGCGAGUGUACUUCACUUACGGUGGGGGUCGUGGCAGCAGCAGAGCCGGCGGUGGUCAUGGAGGACGUUCGCAUGCGGAGGUUCGCGUGGACGACUCGGAGGAGCAGCAGCCACGGGGAGGUCUUCGGCACACAGGCAGGCGUUGGGAGGUUAGGAGCGACAGCGAGGCGGAGGGGGAGGUCGAGGAUGAGGAGGUGCACCUUCACGAUCGUCGCUUCUCCCCCUCCCAUCAUCCGAUCUCUGCACAGCCCGAGGGGGAGCCACUUAGGAGUUCGGAGAGGUUGGCGUCGGCAGCAGGCAGAGACUGGACACAUGACGGCGAGGAUCGCGGGGGGGAGAGGACUCCUUCCGACGCCGGUAUCCGCCGCCGUUCACCGUCGGUGCUCCGCACACAGGACUUCAAGGACAUAGGGCUUGGCGGGAGCUUGGGAGAUUUGAGUGUCGAGGGACGUCGACGUGCCUCACCGCAGGAUGUGCGCAUAGACGUGGACGUUGAGCGGGGCCCUGUUGAGACUGAGGAGGAGAGGGAUGCCCGUUUGGACCGAGAGGAGGAGGAGCGGCUGAGGAGUUUGCCGCAGUGGGAGGUUCGGUUCGUGUAUCUCGACGAGCAGCAUCGGCAGAGGGACUUGGAGACAGGAGGGGAGGGGAGCCGUGACGUCGACGACUCGAGUGUCCCUGAGGAGGCGGUUCAGGGCGAGUUCGAUUAUGAGGGGCAGGAUGCUGCCGCGGGUGUCCCUGAGGGGCAGGAUGUUGUCAUGGGCGGCGGGUCCCCUAGUGGGGGCCGUGGCAACAGCGAGACCGCGGGUGAUGAGGGACAGGGUGCCGCAGCAUGCGACAGAGGAGAGGAUGGACCCGGUGGAGAUGGGGAUACCGCGGGUGCCGGUGGAGAUGAUGGACCGGACGGCGACGAUGACGACGACCACGGUCCGGAGGACGAUCCAGAUAGGCUCGCCUUGGUGUUGAGGGACCCCACAGUGCCUCCCAUGCGCCCUGACGGCAGAGCGCACACUUUCUUCGACGCCGACGCUUUGGCGCAUGCGUUGACGGAUGACCGUUUCGCACACAUGGGCCGCAAGAGCGGCAAGCAGCGGGCCCCUGGGAGGGCAUAUUCACCACCGCCGUUCACAGUGGUGAGCCAUCACUGGUCGGGUUCGUCGCUCAGCGACGUUAGAGGGAGGGAGUCUGGUGCGGGUGAGGUUGGGUCUGGCAGACGCAGCGACGGCGGCAGAGAUAGUGCAGGAUCGAUGCCUCCACCGCCCGCACGGACUCCGGAGGGCAGGGUCGACACCGAGGACCGGACGGUGGCACCCGGAGUUGCACACAGUGGCGGUUCCCCGUCGCUAGUCCGAGGAGGUGUGGGUGGCGGAUGGUCAGCUGUUCGUCGGGUCGGGGACCGGUUGCGGGCGGAUUACGACGCCGGGAGGGGCGUCUUCACGGGACGUGCGCCUGCUCAGACGCCGGCUGCGGAGGGCAGGUCCGAACGUCCGAGCCUGCAGAUGGCAGGCCGCAUGCUUGGUUUGUCAGGAGCGGAAACGAGGAGGACAUUGGUCCUAGAGGCCCCAGGGACAUCCACGGACAGGCUGCAGGGAGAGCAGUUCACAUCGGGCGAGGAGGAGUUGUUGAUGCGUCCCGGGACGAGACGACAGCAUGGCCUCUCAGAGGUUGAGGCUUGACUCGCUGCAAGGGUCGCCGCUGGGCAGGCAGCGUUGGACGCGAUUCAGAGGGAGAGAGAGAGGGGGAUUGCUGCACAGGCGGAGGAGGACGAGGACGCAGACACUGAGUCCGAGCCGAUCGAGA